CAAUUUAGCUUACGAUUCCUCGAUUGCAUGUGCUCAUUUCCUCGCACGCUCACACUCAUAGUGUGUAUACACGUUACUAGUACUAAGUUUGACAAAAAUCUCCUCUCGCGCAAUGUAACCCCACCGAAAGCAAUUGAAAAUCGAUUUCAGAAACACCCCACCAGAAGCAGAAAGUGAAGAAACAGAAAAUGUUGAGACGCACAAUAGCUUCUUUGAAAUCAUCUAUUUCCCUUCACAUCACGGAGGAAGCUUCUAUACACAACGCUUAUCAUUGCCGUACUUUUACCACACAAUCGCCUUUACACCUUCGGGAAAAGGAUAGGAUUUGUCCCAAGCAUAUAGAUUCGGUUAUAACUUUUGUUUUAGGAGGCCCUGGUAGUGGAAAAGGUACACAAUGUGCAAAAAUUGUUGAAACCUUUGGAUUUAAGCAUCUGAGUGCUGGUGACCUGUUGAGGAAGGAGAUAGUUUCUGAUAGUGAAUAUGGCUCGAUGAUUCUGGAUACAAUUAGGGAAGGAAAAAUUGUUCCAUCAGAAGUGACUGUGAAAUUGAUUCUAAGAGAGUUGGAAUCUGGUGACAAUCAUAAGUUUCUUAUCGAUGGUUUCCCUAGAAGUGAGGAGAACCGCAUAGCUUUUGAACAUAUUACUGGAUCUGAACCAAAUUUUGUUCUUUUCUUUGAUUGCCCUGAAGAAGAGAUGGUGAAACGGGUGCUGAGCCGUAAUCAGGGUCGAAUUGAUGACAAUAUAGAUACAAUCAAGAAACGUCUUAAAGUAUUUGAGUCAUUAAAUCUUCCUGUGAUAGAUUAUUAUGCAAAGAAAGGGAAACUACACAGGAUCAAUGCUGUGGGAACAGAGGAUGAAAUAUUUGAGCAAGUUCGGCCAGUUUUUGCGGCAUGUGAGAAGGCUACUAUUACAUGAAAGCUGUGUGAAUGGGUUGUGCUGUGAGAGCAUUGUAUAAAUUUGGGUGAAUUUUGGAUUUUGUGGGGACUCUAUUUUUCCUAGCUAACUACAAGAUCCAAAUUCCUGGCUGCUUUGCUUUGGAAUUUGGCUGGUCUCUUAGACUCAUCCACUGCACAUUUUCGAAGUGACUGGUCGGAGCAGUUCCAGUUUUAUAACCAUGCUGUCAAAUCAUAUUUCUUGACAGAAAUAGUAGUCGACGAAUGUAAAAAAGUUUGAUACCAACAAUACGUUGGUUCAAAUGAAAAGAUUUGGAUCCUUUUGAAAUUUGUAAUUUUGAGUCCAGUUUUAUAUUUGCAUAUAAUAAAAAGAAAACAUUUAGAGGGAUUUUGCCUUUGGUAUCUUAAGAGAUUAAUCUUUAACCUAUUAGGUGAGAGCAUACUGUCAAAAAUGUGUAAAGUACUUAAAAAUGGGGUAUUUACUUGUUGGAUUUAAAAGUGCAAUGUAAUAAAAUAACAUCAAAAUAAAAGUUGAAUAGAACCCUAAUAUUGGCUGGAGUAAA